AUGGCAUUGGGAAACCACAGCACCAUUAGUGAGUUCAUCCUCCUUGGACUGUCUACAGACCCCCAUGUCCAGGCUCUGUCCUUUGUGCUGUUCCUAGCAAUUUACCUCCUGACUCUGCUGGGAAACCUGAUGAUGCUUCUGGUGAUCAGGACUGAUCCUCACCUCCAUACACCCAUGUACUUCUUCCUGAGUCACCUCUCUUUCCUGGAUCUUUGCUACUCCUCAGUCACCCUGCCCAAGCUGCUGGAGAAUCUCCUGUCUCAGAAGAAAACGAUCUCUGUGGAGGGCUGUCUAGCUCAAGUCUUCUUUUUGUUUGACACUGGGGGCACUGAAGCCUGCCUUCUCACAGUGAUGGCCUAUGACCGCUAUGUUGCCAUCUGCCAUCCUCUGCUCUAUAGCCAAAUGAUGAGCAACCAGCUCUGCAAGGGGCUGGUGUGUGGCUCCUGGGGACUGAGCUUUCUGGAUGCAUUCAUCAAUAUCCUGCUAGCUUUGGACUUUGACUUCUGUAGGGAUCAGUCCAUUCCCCACUACAGUUGUGAGCUACCCUCUCUCUUCCCUCUGUCCUGCUCUGACAUCUCCACCAGUUUUACUGUUCUGCUCUGCUCCAGUCUCCUACAUGGGCUAGGGACCUGUUUCCUGAUCAUAUUCUCCUACACCCUCAUUGUCUCCACCAUCCUGGGUAUCAGCUCCUCCUCAGGCAGAAUCAAGACCUUCUCCACCUGCUCAUCCCACCUUACUGCAGUGCUCCUGUUUUAUGGUUCAGCUUUCCUUCGCUAUAUCAUGCCAACUUCAGGUUCACCACUGGAGUUGAUCUUCUCUGUACAGUACAGUGUGGUCACUCCCUUAAUGAAUCCCCUUAUCUAUAGCCUGAAGAACAAUGAGGUGAAAGCAGCUGUGAGAAGGACCUUUAGAAAAUAUCUCCAAUAUAUGCUGACCAAAGACAGAAGAUGA